AUGGAUUUGUUGACACUCAACCAGUUGACAGUGCUCCUCUGGAAAAAUUUUACCUUAAAGAGGAGGCAGUUCUUUAAUUUAAUAUUGGAAGUCGUAACUACAUUGGCGUUUCCAAUGAUGCUUUUGCUCUUACGUGCUGUUAUUCAUAUAACUGUUGCUGGACCUUACAGUUUUACUUCUCAACCCAUCAGUACUCUGCCUUCAUUCCUCCAAAAUGAUGAAACAUGGGAAUUGAUUUAUGUGCCUUCUAAUAUUGAUGUGGUAAAAGAGAUCACUGAGAAUGUGAAGAGGAAUCUAAACAUCAGUAUAAAAGUUCAAGGUUUUUCUUCAGAAAUUGAGUUUGAGAAGUACAUUAAGUAUGACUAUCGAGCUCAUAAAGUGCUGGCUGCCAUUGUUUUUGACUGUGACUUCAAAAAUAGGCAUGAUCCAUUGCCACUUCAGGUAAAGUAUCGUCUGCGUUUUGCUGCUAUACAGAGGACUAUCAUAUGGCCAGAUGAGAUAGGCUGGAAAACAACCUUACUUUUUCCUAGUAGGCCCUUUGUAGGACCCAGGAAUCCAGGUCAUCAGGAUGGAGGAGGUCCUGGGUACAUCAGAGAAGGAUUCCUGGCUAUACAGCAUGCCUUAGAUAAGGCCAUCAUUGUAUAUCAUGAGAGCAGUGCUAAACAGUUGUUUGACAAUAUCAGCAUCUUUGUACAGAGAUUUCCAUAUCCAGCUUAUCCUGAUGACGGAGUACUUUUACACACUGGUAGUUUCCUUCCUUUGAUGUUCAUACUCAUGUUCUCUCCAACUGUACUUCCCAUCAUUCGAUCUAUUGUAUGGGAAAAGGAAAAAAGAUUGAAGGAGUACCAGCUUACAGUUGGACUUAGAAGUUGGAUGAUCUGGGCUGCACAUUUCUUCACGUUCUUCUUUUUUUAUAUCUUUAUUGUCUCCUUGAUAUGUGUGUUAGUUUUUGCCAAGAUUUUCAAUGAUCCAGUCUUCUGCUACAGUGACUAUAGUUUCAUCUUUGUCUUUCUUAUGUGUUAUGCCACUGCUUCAAUAUUCUUUGGCUUUAUGGUUAGCACAUUCUUCGAUAAAGUCCGUUUGGCCGCUUCUGCUGGAAGCCUCAUAUAUUUUGCCAGUUUCUUUCCAUUUCAUUCCAUUGCCCAACACUAUGGACGGAUAAACCUCCCCAUGAAGGUAGCUGCUUGUCUCAGCCCAAAUGUUGCUUUGGCACUGGGAAUUAAACUCCUUGUCAAGUUCGAAACAAAACAAAAUGGUGUUAACUGGAAUAAGAUUUGGACACCAGCCAGCCUUGAGGAUACACUCACCUUUGGCUAUAUGAUGGGAAUGCUUGUAAUUGAUGCUUUCUUGUAUGGCCUUGUGACCUGGUACAUAGAAGCUGUCUUCCCAGGGCAGUAUGGCAUUCCCCAACCAUGGUACUUUUUUCUUAUGCACUCGUACUGGUUCAGCAAACCAAGAAUUAAAAUUAAAAAAGAAAAAAUGAAAGACUCUAGGAUAACUCAAAACAAGUAUUUUGAGGCUGAACCUACUGGUUUGGUGACAGGUAUCAAGAUCAAACACUUGUACAAGGAAUUAGGUGACAAAGUAGUAAUAAACAAUAUGUCUUUGAAUUUAUAUAAGGGGCAGAUCACUGUUCUCCUGGGACAAAACGGGGCAGGAAAAACCACAGCCCUGUCUAUUCUCACAGGUCAUUACCCUCCUACCAGAGGAGAGGUCUUUAUUGAUGGAUAUGACAUCACAAAGAAUAUAACUGAAAUUCGAGAAAAUUUGGGCUUUUGCCCACAGGGUGAUUUAUUGUUUAAUGACUUGACACUAUCAGAACACCUUUUCUUCUACUCUGUGGUAAAAAGUAUACAUCAAAAGAUGUCUCCUAAUGAAAUUAACCGUAUGCUGUCUGCUUUUGACAUGCUAGAAAAGCGUGAUACAUUUUCAGAGUCUCUGAGUGGAGGAAUGAAGCGCAAACUCUCCAUCAUUAUAGCACUUUUAGGGGGCUCCAAGGUAGUGAUACUUGAUGAACCAUCAUCUGGAAUGGACCCAGUCUCAAGGAGAGCCACCUGGGACGUCCUUCAGCAGUUUAAACAUGAUCGUACAAUCUUACUGACCACUCACUACAUGGAUGAAGCUGACAUCCUGGGUGACCGAAUUGCCAUCAUGGUCAAGGGGACCCUGCAGUGCUGUGGCUCUUCAAUCUUCCUGAAAAAAACAUACGGUGCUGGAUAUCAUAUAUUCAUGGAGAAGGAACCAUAUUGUGAUCUUGAAAAGAUCUGUGCAAUUAUUCAGUCUCAUAUUCCAGAUGCCAUUUUGGAGAGCUAUCUUGGAGCUGAAUUAUCAUUUAUCCUACCCAAAAAGCAUGCACACAGGUUUGAAGCUCUGUUUAAUGAUCUGGAAAUGAAAAAAGAAGAGCUGGGCAUUGCCAACUUUGGUGCUUCAAUCACUACCAUGGAAGAAGUCUUCCUUAAGGUAAAUAAGCUGGCAGAUUCUGAAAUGGAGAGUCAGUCUAUCCAGUCUCUUCAUUUGAUGAGCCAAAGAAGUCAAAACAGGAAUUGGAGUAAGAGAGUGUUCAGAAAUUAUGAAAGACCAGUUAUUACCAGACUAAAUGAAAUUGCUAACAUUAAAUUUAAUACUGGGUUUACACUUUACCGCCAGCAGUUUCAUUCCAUGUUUUUAAAGAGAGCACUAUUCAACUGGCGCAGUUGGAAGUUGACAUUGCUACAUAUAUCAAUAAUUUUGUUUGUCACUACUUACCUCUUAACAACUCUAAACUUGUAUUAUACUAUGCCUGCCAGAGAAAUGGACUUAAGUCAAUAUGGUCGAACAAUUGUGCCUUACUCAAUUUCUGGGAAUUCCGUUUUGGCUCUAAAUCUCAUAAAGAACCUUGAGAUUUUUUUAAAGCUUAAGAAUCAAGAACUUCGGGAAGUACAAGGUAAUGUAAUGAAAUACAUAAAGGAAAGUAAAGAGUAUCGUGACUUCUCCCUGAUUGCAUUUUCCAUUGAGGUUGAGAAAAACAAUACAGUAUUUACUAUUUUUUUCAAUAAUGAGGCAUAUCAUUCAGCUGCAACAUCCCUAGCGGUGUUUGACAACGUUCUUUUCAUGUCAGUUUCUGGCCCCAAUGCUUCCAUUAAAGUCUCCAAUAAGCCUCAACCUCUCCCUCGUUAUGGUUCUAACACAGUGCCUACAAGUGGAUCACAAGUAGUAUUGUGUUUGGCUUUCGGCCUGGCUGUUGUGAUUGGUAGUUUUUGCAUUCAGACAGUGACCGAGAGAGCCACUAAGGCAAAGCACAUCCAGUUUGUGAGUGGAGUCUAUUUACUGACUUACUGGCUCUCUGCUUUGCUCUGGGAUCUCAUCUACUUCUCCAUUACCUGCUGCUUCCUACUGGGAGUGUUCAUAUACUGCGGAGUGGAUGCCUUUGUUGCAAAUUUCCAUUUUCUGGACACAAUGAUGAUCUUUAUGCUGUACGGUUGGUCUGUUGUUCCUCUCAUGUAUCUUGGAAGCCUCCUGUUUUCUAGUAGUACUGCUGCCUACAUCAAGCUCACCCUCUUUAACUACUUUUCAACUGUUUUCAGUAUCGUCAUUCACAUCAUAAUGAAAUUCUAUGAUGAUGACAUUUCUGAUUUCACAAGAACCUUAAUGAAUAAUGCAUUAAUGGUGCUUCCUAGUUACAACUUUGCAAUGAGUAUCAGCAAAUUCUUUGAUGACCAUGAGGUGAAAAAACUGUGUGCCAACCAAUUUCAAAACAUCUAUGUGGACUGCAGUGAUUCAUUUAAGAAUAACAAUGUCUACAGUUUUGGAGAACAUGGGAUUGCAAACUUUUUGAUUUCAUCAGCUGCCUUGGGCUUAAUUUUUCUGCUUUUGCUUUUUUGUCUGGAAAGUACAUUCUGGAACCUGAGAAAGUUUGUCUUUCAUAAAAUUGUAUUUAAUGUCUAUAAGAUAUUUAUGAACAACAAGAAGGUGAAUUCCAUCCAAGUAAUCAAGGAAUAUGGGGAUAAAGAUGUAAUAAAUGAAAGAAAGAGAGUCCAGAAACUGUUACCUAGGUUGAUGGCUGCCCCUUUGCUUUUCAACAAACUUACAAAGAUUUACUAUAAGUGUCCAGUUGUAAAGGCCGUGAGAAAUAUCUCCCUUUUAGUCUCAAAGUAUGAGUGCUUUGGAUUACUUGGAUUAAAUGGAGCCGGAAAAACCACUACAUUCAAAAUGUUGACUGGAGAGGAGAUCAUAACCUCUGGAGUUGUGUUAAUUGAUGGCAUUAACAUCACUGAAAAUAUCAGAAAGAUUAGGUCCAGAAUUGGCUAUUGUCCUCAAUCUGACCCCAUGUUGAGCCACAUGACAGGUCGGGAAGUGCUGAUCAUGUACGCCAGGCUGCGGGGCGUUCCUGAGCCAGACAUCGGCAUGUAUGUGGAAACCUUUCUGCAUUCAAUGCACAUGGAAACCUAUGCUGACAAGCUGGUCUGCACAUACAGUGGAGGAAACAAACGUAAAUUGAAUACUGCUAUUGCCCUAAUGGGAAAGUCCUCAGUUGUUUUCCUGGAUGAACCAUCUACUGGCAUGGACCCAGUAGCCAGGCGCCAUAUGUGGGACACAGUUACAUGGAUAUGUAAUAGUGGCAAAGCUAUCAUCAUAUCUUCCCACAGCAUGGAAGAAUGUGAGGCCCUUUGUACCAGGCUGGCCAUCAUGGUAAAGGGGCAGUUCAGGUGCCUAGGCAGCCCACAUCACCUCAAGAACAAGUUUGGUAAUAUAUAUACUCUGACAGCAAAGAUUAAUAUUGAUGAUAAUGAAGAUAAACUAGAGGAGUUCAAAGAAUUCAUUGAGAUAAAUUUCCCAGGUAACAUCAUAAACCAGGAUCAUCAAGGAAUCAUUGGCUACUACAUUCCCAGCAAGGGAAUUUGUUGGGGAAAGGUGUUUCAUAUUAUGGAGGAAGCUAAAACACUAUUCAAUCUAGUAGACUAUUUCAUCAGUCAGAUAACGUUGGAACAAAUCUUCCUGACUUUUGCUAAUAUUGAUAAGGUCAAGAAAUAA